UACGGGGAAGUGAAACUUGUGACACGCCGAGAAGUCAAGUUGCCUCGUUCCGCGUAUUCCGCCUAAAAUUCAUGAGAAGUUAGUCAGACUCUGGGUCUAAAGCAACCUAAAGGCUAUGAAGUUACGUCUGUGUGAAAAUAUGUUGUUGGUUCUGAUUCUGAGUCUCGUUCAGAUGAAUUGGGUUUACUCUCAGGAUCACCAAUGGCCGCUUCACAAAAUGUGCGACUCAGACAGACUUACAGUGACCUACAGAAGCUGUGACCCUUUACAGGAUAUAGGUUUCACUUUCCUGCCUUGUCCUACCAGAUUGACCGAUCCUAUAAAAAUCAGAUUGGCCCUUAUUCUGAGGCAGCCCAUCGAUGAGCUUUAUUCAUCAAUUGAGGUGCUGCUAAAUGGCGUUAAUUUCUUCAGUAAGGACGAACCCCUCUGUCUUCCUAAUUUCCCACGUUUCACUUUUUGUGGAAGCAGGAGAGGAGAACUCAUCAACAUACAGUCAUCAUUUAAGUCAAAAGUAGACCUUCCUCUAAAGGGUAAUUUUCAUCUUAACCUACAUGCAAUAAGUCAAGAUGGCUUCCAGAUCGCCUGUGUGAACGCAACUCUUAGCUUCCAGUGAUCCUUUAAGACAAGAGGACCUGUUGUUUAGCUGAGGAUAUCUGUAAAAUGUAACGUUACUGAACUCAGAUGUUAUUUGCAUUUCAGCAAAGGAUAAGCCAUGUUUAGUCAAAGUUAAUUGUGUUGUUCCUCUUUGGGACAUUAUUGAUGUUUUUUUCAAAUGAGAAUUGAAUGAAUGUCA